AUGAAGAAGUCUCAACUAAACUCUUCUGUCUUCCUCUUUAUUUUUAUUCUUUCAUUUUCUGUGUCAUGGGCAGCAUUAUCUUCCAUUCUUGAGGUUACACCAGGUUCUCAAGAUUUCGUAGGCUGCCUACAAUCCCACUCCAAUAAUGUUACCUCCAUAUCUCAAGUCACUUUUACCUCUCGCAAUGCUUCUUUCCUACCCACUUGGCAAGUUCAUGUCCAAAACACUAGAUUCCUUAAACCUUCCACUCGUAAGCCAUCAGUCAUCGUGACACCCGUAGACGAAACACUUGUCCGAACGACUCUAUUCUGUUCCAAGAAACAUGGGUACGAGCUAAGGAUCAGAAGUGGGGGCCAUGACUACGAGGGCCUCUCAUACACUGCUGAUGUUCCCUUUGUUAUGCUUGAUUUCACCAACAUGAGGUCUAUCGACGUGGAUGUAGCAAACAGGACUGCGUGGGUCCAAGCAGGGGCUGCACUUGGUGCACUUUAUUACGCUAUUUCUCAGAAAACCGAUACCUUAUAUUUCCCGGCCGGUGUUUGCCCCACGGUGGGUGUUGGUGGGUACAUGGGUGGCGGUGGCUAUGGAAACCUGUUGAGGAAAUACGGUACUGCUGCUGAUAAUGUUCUGGAUGCUCGCUUCAUGGAUGUCAAUGGAAAUAUUCUUGACAGGAAGUCCAUGGGAGAAGAUUUGUUUUGGGCGAUUAGAGGAGGUGGUGCUUCCAGUUUCGGAAUCGUUCUUGCAUGGAAGCUGAGGUUGGUUGCAGUUCCAGAAAAAGUGUUCGGUGAAUAUAUCGGCAACACUACCAAGAAAACCGUCAGAAUUAUGUUCGAAGGAAUAUAUCAAGGCACAACCGACACAUUGCUUCCAUUGCUGGACGAAAAGUUUCCGGAGCUUGGUGUUACACGAGAAAUCUGUGAAGAAAUUAAAAUGGUGCAGUCGACCCUUGUGUUCUGGGGAUUGCCAAGCUCCACCCCAACUGAGAUUCUCACGAACCGAUCAGCCAUAGCUAAGAUUAACAACAAAAGUAAAUCCGAUUACGUACGGAAACCAAUCCCCAUAAGUGGGCUCAAAAAGAUAUGGAGAAAGCUCAUGGAAAACGACCAAUCAGCGUUUCUUAUGAUCAAUCCUUUUGGUGGAAGGAUUGCUGAUUUCUCAGAGACAGCAAUUCCAUAUCCGCAUAGAGCUGGAGUCUUGUUACAAAUUCUCAAGAGUGUUAAUUUUAAUGGUCAAGCUUCGGACACAACCCCUGUAUCACUUAGGAGGAUAGCAUGGCUUCAAAGUUUGGAUGAGUUAUUGACGCCUUAUGUGUCAAAGAAUCCGAGGGAGGCAUAUUUCAACUACAAUGAUCUUGAUUUUGGUGUUGGAAGUGAUAAUUAUGAAGAAGCAAGUCUGUGGGGUGAAAGGUACUGGAAGAGGGAUAAUUUCAAGAAGUUGAUUCGAAUCAAGGCUAAAGUUGAUCCGUUGAAUUUCUUUAGGCACCCACAAAGUAUCCCAGUUUUCUCAACACCUCUCUCCGACAUGUGA